UAGGGAACGGGACAAUAAGAAGGGGAAGAGGCAGGUCAAGUUCGAGAAUGCUGAAACCGAGGGAUUAGUUAAAACUAACUCACGUUCCAAAGCGGUUGAUCAAGUUGCCUAUUAGUAAACUGUGCAUCUAUUGGGACGGAAACUCAGACGUUCGAAUCAUCUUAGAAAAUAAAAUCCCGGAAGUAGGAGAGAUUUUCUGAAAAUCAAGAUUGGUUACUACCCAAACCUGCUGAAAAUAAGUCAAAGAAGUGAAGAUUUAAUUGUUACGACUUAACGGCCAGAUUAAUUAAAGCGUGGCUCCCUUUAACGACGAGUUUCCGGCAACAUCUGAACAAAAGCAUUAUUUCAGCACGAAGAUUUUGCUUAACGGUCAGAUUAGCAGAGAACUCUACAUCGGAGCGUGACACACUUUAACGACGAGCUUCCGGCAACAUCUGAACAAAAGGUUUUUUGGGCUGAAAGGAAGAAGAAGGAAAAAGAAGAACAGAAGAAAAUAAACAAAAGAAGACAAGACGCAAGACAUGAUUAUUCAGCCGAGAUAUAAUACAUAUAUUUUAUAAAUGGGUGCGUAUAUGUCUAAACACAUGUAUUGUAUCUAUAAAUAUAAUACGUGAUACACACGGGCAGCAAAAGUUUAUGUUAGUAACGUGAAGAAAGGAAUAAAAAAAGGAAAACUAUUGCUCCUCAAGUGAAUACAUUUGAAGGAAAAUUACGCAUAUUUCAAAAAAGCUUUCUAGAUAGCUUUUUUAGAUUCUUAAAAAAUUAUCAGUUGUUAUUUCUAAAUAAUAUAUAAAAUUGCUACUAACUAAACAUUUUUUAUAAUAAUAUAGAAAUUCCUCUAUUAACUUUUUACUGCAUUUCUGAAUAUUUCGAUUCAUUACUUUUUUCUAAAAUGAGUGUAAACACUAGAAAACGGAAACGUUCUCUUACAGACAAAUAUGAUACAGUAUCAAAAAGUUCGCGCAUAGAUUUAAAUAUUGAGAAUGAGAAUUUAGAAUUUCUUGGUGAUUUACAACAUGAAUCUGCACAGAAUAAAUUGUAUACAGAUUAUCAUACUCAACACCACAGACAUCAAUCUUCUAAUCACUUGAUCAAACUUAUGUAUCAAUUAGACUUGUCAGUACUUUGCUCGCUUAGAAAGUUUACGUAUGAACAUAAAUAUCCUUCAUUAUCAUUAAUGUUUGAAGAUUCUGAAAUUGAUAAAUUUAAUAAUGUUGUUAUUCGUCAUGAAAAGAAGUCAAUUCAUAUACGAAUUGAAUAUGUAGAUGAAUACUAUACAGAAAGUAGUAUUAGCUAUGGCAAAUUAUUUUCUAAACGCAACUCUUUACUUAAUAGUUAUUUUAAUGCUUUUGCUAAACGCAUAUUGAAAACAGAUAAUUUAUUGACAGAUGUAGAAUAUCUCAUUAUUUAUACCAAUUCAAAAUUGGAUCUUACAAAAGAGAAAACAUUCAAAAUAGGACGAUCUAAAACUUUUUAUCCUUUUAAAUUUGAUAACUUACAAAUUGGAGAAUGUGAUAUUUUAAAAGAUUUUUUAUUUACAAAUGAUGAUACACAAGAGGAUGGUUUUUAUCGGUUUUCACUAGAUAAAACAACAAGAGAGAAGCUUUUAAAACAGUUGGAAUUUUCGCCUUCUACGAACAAAGUAGUACAAAAAAGAAAACUUACUCAGGAAUUUGAUAAAAGAAUAAAAGCAGCAUUUUUAGAUAAAUUAGUAUUUGCAGUUAAUCAGCCCAAUAGAGAAAAACUGAGCAGCAUUGUAAAAAUUGAAAUGAAAAAAAAUGGUAAAGAUCAAAAUGAUUAUGUAGCAUUACAAGAAAGAAUAUUAUGUGACUUAAAAACUUCAGACCAGUAUGUAAAACGUGGAAUCGAUGUAUCCGGAAUUAUAUAUCAGUUUAAUUUAUUAAUGAGCUUCCUUCAUGAUACAUUUGUGCAUAAAAAUGUAUUUUCCAUAAACUUUGAAAAUAAUGAUAAUAGCAUUGCUAUUUACCAUCAAAAUAAAAUUUCUUAUCUAUAUGUUCAUAACGCAGAUGUUAAUAUAGACAGUAGUCAGUUGUUCUCCUUCUCAGAGAAAGAAAAUAUGUUCUGUAUUAAUAAAUAUUUUACACUAUUUGUUGAAAACUUUAGUGAGAAUAUAGAAUAUUUAAUUUUGUACACUAAUGCAAACUUUGAUCUGACAAAAGAAAAGAGGUUAAAAAUAAGGAUAUCUAAUGAUACCUAUCUUUUAAAAUUUGAUAGCGUAAAUAUUUGUGAGGAAAAAUAUAGAGUUUUAAGAUAUUGUUCGUCUAUGAACAAAAAUGAUAUUUAUCAAUUCUCGGAAGAAAUAACACGAGAGAAGAUUAUAAAUAUGUUAGUGUUGCCAUCUUCCUUGCAAAAAGAGAAAGAUGAGGGACAACUUUCUAAUGAAAAUGAAAGAGAAAAAAAGGAAAAAUUUUUAGAUAAAUUGAUAUUUGCGGUUAAUCAGCCAGAUAAGAAAAAAUUAAAUACUCUUAUUAGAAAUAUGAUAACUCAGUUACACAAUUACGCAUACAGCUAUGAAGAAUUACAAGAAUUAGCGUUACGUUGGAUUGAGUCCUAUGAAUUCGGCCCUAUUACACAAGGAAUAAUGGAGAAGAUUCUUGAAGAAAUAAAAAAUAAUAAAUCCACUUACCAAACAGCUCAAAGUAAACAUACUAAUAAUGAAAUUAAAUUUACUAGAUGUGUUGUUGGCAGAGCGAAAACAUCUGAAUUUAACAAAUUCUUAGACUUUUUAAUUAGAGGGGAAGGAUUAAAAUAUCUAACAGUUCUGAGAAGGAAAAGAAUAAAUUUAACUAAUGUGUCCAGUAUUUUAUAUAGAUCGGGCGCUAAAGCUUCUAAAGCAUUCAAAGACCUAUAUGAUCUGUGGUUUAAUAACGAAGGACAUAAAACACAAUAUUUAAAAUCUCUAGAAAAAGAAGGAAUAAAUCUUACUAAUGUCUCCUCUAUUUUAAAUACAUCAGGCGCUAAAGGUCCGAAAGCAUUCAAAGAUUUAUAUGAACUGUGGUUUAAUAACGAAGGACAUAAAACACAAUAUUUAAAAUCUCUAGAAAAAGAGGGAAUAAAUCUUGCUAAUGUAUCCAGUAUUUUACGUACAUCAGGCGCUAAAGGUCCUAAAGUAUUCAAAGAUUUAUAUGAUCUGUGGUUUAAUAACGAAGGACAUAAAACACAAUAUUUAAAAUCUCUAGAAAAAGAGGGAAUAAAUCUAGUUAAUGUUUCCUCUAUUUUAAGUGGAUCAGGCGCUAAAGGUCCUAAAGCAUUCAAAGACCUAUAUGAUCUGUGGUUUAAUAACGAAGGACAUAAAACACAAUAUUUAAAAUCUCUAGAAAAGGAGGGAAUAAAUCUAGUUAAUGUUUCCUCUAUUUUAAGUGGAUCAGGCGCUAAAGGUCCUAAAGCAUUCAAAGAUUUAUAUGAUCUGUGGUUUAAUAACGAAGGACAUAAAACACAAUAUUUAAAAUCUCUAGAAAAAGAGGGAAUAAAUCUAGUUAAUGUUUCCUCUAUUUUAAAUGGAUCAGGCGCUAAAGGUCCUAAAGCAUUCAAAGACCUAUAUGAUCUGUGGUUUGAUGAAAAAGGACAUAAAACAAAAUAUUUAAAAUCUCUAGAGGAAAAUAAAAUAACUCUUACUAAUGUAUCCAGUAUUUUAAAUUCAUCAGGUUCUAAAGCUUCUAAAGCAUACAAAGACUUAUAUGAUCUGUGGUUUGAUAAAGAAGGAAAUAUGACACCAUAUUUAAAAUUUGGUGGUCACAGUGGAUCAAUUUAGCCCUUGAGUAAUUUUCGAAAGUUAAUUAUUUAAUUCCACAUCAAUUUUCAAAUAAUUGCCAUAUAAAACCAGACAAUGUAAUUAGAUCGGAAAAACUUUGAUGUAAAGUUUAAACAUCAUGGAAUGCAUUCUCUUCAUGAAAAAUUAACAAAUAAAAUUAUACUUACAUUAUUUUAACAUUUUUUAAAAAAUAUAAGUCCCAAAAGAAACAUAUUUUACCCAAAACAAUAAGUUUUUCAAUAUUUUUACUAAAAGUUUAUGGUAAUACUUUUGAAAUAUGCUACUUUAAUUAAAAAUAAUUUUCUGAUAAAUCUUUAAAAGAAUAGGUUUAUUUUACAUAUAGAAUGUUGGCCAUUUUUGAAAAGAAAAAUUACGUUUAUAUAAAGAAAUUUAUUAAGCAAAAAUCAGUGCAAAAGUAACUUUUUUUUAGUCUCAAACGGUUUUGAAAGUUAAAAAAAAUGAAAUUUUGCAAAUUUAUUUUGAUUUGCCGCAAUUGUUACAUAAGUAAAGGUGAUGAGUGUCACACAUCGGGCGUAAACAUGGAAGAAUAAUAUUGAUACUUGAUUUUACGAUUUUUUUAUGUAAUGGACAGCAAUUGUCUUUACUAAUAAAGGUCUUUUUACUUUUUGUGUAGGAUUAAACGACACACUGCCUGAUACCCUUACAAAAAAAACUAUAAAAAUACAAACAAAUUACUGAUACACUAUUGAAGAACUGAAGAAUUCCAAUUGAAGAGGGUUAAUAUAAUAAUGUCACAUACUCCAUUUUAAGUUUUAAUUAAAUAAUUCUAGCAUAUGGCGAUUUCCAAUAAUUAACAUCUUGUUAAUUAUUACAAAAUAUGCAAAAUUGUAGAGAACGUUUCGGUUUAGUUCGACUGACUCUAUCAGCUCGUGAGGUUUUACUUUAAAGAAACUUUUCUUCAAAAUUGAAGUGAGUCAUUUAAACCUUGUGUAACCUCCAAACGUUAAAAAUUCUAAAAAA